AUGGAUAGUGGGAGUAUGGUAUAUUUUCUAGGAACACUUUGGCAUGGCGGCGGCCAAAACACCUCGGAGAUGGAGCGAAAGGCACUGAAUAUGCAAUAUUGUCAGCCGUGGUUGCGGCCUUUUGAAAACCACAUUCUGGCUGUGGACUGGGGCAAGCUCGGCGAAAUACCUCUUAAAGUGGUUGAUAUGAUGGGCUACAAAAUUGGGAUGCCGUUCAUCGGUAGCGUGGAGGGUGGUAGCCCCUUGCGAGCGGUCACUCGCCGACUCAAAGACUAUCGGUCUGGUAUUAAAAGAAAUACCAAAUUGUGA